CUGCAGCUGCCGGUUGGCGAGCGGGGCGCGGGAGCUCGGUCUCGUGCUCGGAUUUGAUGAGAAUGGGACGCCACGUAAGACUCCCCGCAUGUAUAAAAAGGAGGCGUGGGCAUGGCUAUGGGGGUUUGCCCUAUCUUUGUACUUGGGCUCUGCUCAAGUCACCAAAUUCGAUCUUCGCUUCCAGGAGGUAUUGCAGAUAAUGGCUGGCUUGGCACCCGAGACCUCUCAAUUCGAUCCCCGGCAGUAUGACCAGAAGAUGGAGUUUGCGUUGGAAGGAGACGAUGUGAUAUCGAGCUGGGACGAGGUGAACGAGACAUUCGACUCCAUGGGCUUGCACGAGAAUCUGCUGCGAGGGAUCUACGCCUACGGCUUUGAAAAGCCCUCUACCAUCCAGCAGAGGGGAAUCGUGCCGUUUUGCAAGGGGAUCGACGUGAUCCAGCAGGCCCAGUCCGGCACCGGCAAGACGGCCACGUUUUGCUCCGGCAUCCUGCAGCAGCUCGACUACAACAAUGUCGAGUGCCAGGCGCUGGUGCUGGCGCCCACCAGGGAGCUGGCGCAGCAGAUCGAGAAGGUGAUGCGGGCACUGGGUGACUACCUGCAGGUGAAGGUGCACGCCUGCGUCGGCGGCACCGACGUCCGCCAGGACCAGAGAAUCCUGCAGGCCGGCGUCCAUGUGGUGGUAGGCACUCCUGGUCGCGUCUACGAUAUGCUCAGGCGUCGCGCGCUGCGGCCGGACUACAUCAAGAUGUUUGUCCUGGACGAGGCGGACGAGAUGCUGUCCCGCGGUUUCAAGGACCAGAUUUACGACAUCUUCCAGCUCCUUCCCUCCAAGGUCCAGGUGGGCCUCUUCUCCGCCACAAUGCCGCCCGAGGCGCUGGAGAUCACCCGCAAGUUCAUGAACAAGCCGGUGCGCAUUCUCGUCAAGCGAGACGAGCUGACGCUGGAGGGUAUCAAGCAGUUUUACGUGAACGUGGAACGAGAGGACUGGAAACUGGACACGCUGUGCGACCUGUACGAGACGCUGGCCAUCACGCAGAGCGUCAUCUUUUGCAACACCCGGCGCAAGGUGGACUGGCUCACCGACAAGAUGAGGAGCCGCGACCACACCGUGUCUGCGACGCACGGCGACAUGGACCAGAACACCCGCGACAUCAUCAUGCGCGAGUUCCGGUCGGGCUCGUCCCGCGUGCUCAUCACCACCGACUUGCUCGCGCGCGGCAUCGACGUCCAGCAGGUGUCGCUGGUGAUCAACUACGACCUUCCGACGCAGCCGGAGAAUUAUCUGCAUCGAAUUGGUCGCAGCGGUCGGUUUGGGCGGAAGGGCGUGGCCAUCAACUUUAUGGUGAGAGAGGACGAGAGGAUGCUUCAUGACAUCCAGAAGUUUUACAACACUGUCAUUGAGGAGCUGCCAAACAACGUCGCGGACCUCAUCUAAUGUGUUAUGGUUGUGAGAGGGGGGUUUGUAGCAGCAUGUUUUGAACCAAGUGAUAAGCUUAUAUACCACAGUAAUUAAAAGUCUGCCUUUCUAA